ACUGCAACGAAAAGGAUUUGAAGGGAUGCAUGUUUGCUUUCUCUAAGUGAAGUCGGAUACAAAUUGUCUAAAGGAGCACAAUUAGUAAAUGAGAAAUUGCAAUCGAACAUCGGCAUCCUUACGCGGUUGAGGCCAAGUUGAUUAGGAACUGAGGAUAGCACAAGCAGCAUUUUUUUCUGCGUAAUUCGCAGCAAGAAUUCAGAUUUGACACGGACAGCAUACGGUGAGACUACGCAUUAUGCGUAGGAAUCGAUCGCAAAACAUUUCCUGGAUCCUAUUUCGGCGUUGAGAAGGUAAAUACUGUCAGUGACUACAGAUGAUCACAGGUCCCCCCCUCCCCAACAGCACAGAGGCUAUCAGGCAAAUGGUAGCCGCUGUGAGUCGGGCGAAGAGCGAGAGACCAAACCCGGAGGAUUUCAGACAGAUGGAAUAGAAAGAAUGAUGCUCUCUCAAAAUGCAUCACAGUAGACGGAUAAGCUGACCAAACAAAUAUACAGCAAACUUUCAGCGCUGAUUAUGACGCUGGAGUUUAAAUAAUAUGUUUUAAACUGUCCGAGAACUGACUGACAAAAUGCAUGUGCAAACUGAUCAGCUGGAUUGUUGAAAUGACUUGGUCGGCGCUGACGCUGUCUGAUGGCUCAAACUGCAUAAUAGCCAAAUGCCAUUUUAUUUUGCGUCGACUUGACGUUUGGAUCUCCAAUAUUGGAUCAGUUGUCUAGCUAAAAGUUCGGAUGAAAGUAAACAACUGGUGCAAUGUUAAACUACAUGGUCCGGAGCGUAAUGUACUGUUCGUGCUGAAGCGUAUGGGUCCUGCGUACUCAAGCUCCCGACUCCCACACAAAAAGGAUUGUCUCUGUUGCGGGGGGUGCAGUGCAGUAGCUGUCACAGCACCACAUCUGGCUACUGACUGGAUAGUUAACUAGCUAGCUAGCUAACUGUUUUUCCUCUUGGGAAGCUAGUGAGGUUGAAUGAGUUUCUGCAUCAUUCGAGAGAAAGAUUGCUUUGUGAAAUAACCUCGGUGUUUAUCGUGUUCCGAAGAAGGGACCUGUAUUUUGGACAAUAUCUGAGAUCAAUCGAACAGUUUGAAGUGAUUCACGGCUGUCUUAGCGAAAACACAUUAGGACUUUGCGUAAGUCACGUAUUUUUAAAGGCAAAGAUAGGGUGACAUUGCAGUCUCAUCAUAUUGGAUAUAACGUCGCCCGACAAAAAAAAGUGAAAGUGGGGCAUUGUCCGUCACACGUAUUAACGCAGUGGGAUUUGUACGUCUGGUCGGCGUUCCCCCCCCCCCCACCCUUCCCUUGGUGACGGUGAUGGGUCGGAAGCGGUGUGUCGGUGCAGAUUGUUCCAAGAUGGCGGCCGGGUGCUGCGGGGUGAAGAAGCAGAAGCUGUCGGGAUCCCCCGGGUCGGGGGGUCCUGGCGGGGUGGGGGCGGGAAACGGAGUGGCAGGGACCGGACAUUGUGGAUCGGACUUGGGGAUUGGUUCCUCCUCGACUGUGGCGGCAGGGAACAUGAAUCGAGUGAACGGCCUGGGGUGUCCUGGGGGUAGUAGUAGUAGCACCAACGCGUUGUCCCCAACCCCGGGAGGCUACAACUCAACUGGCCUCUCCCCGAAUCUAAGCCCGGGAUCUGGUUCGGGAAGUGGAGGCAGGAAGAUGGUUGUUUCGGCGGAGAUGUGCUGCUUCUGUUUCGACGUGCUUUAUUGCCAUCUGUAUGGAUACCAACCUCCCCGAACACCUAGGUUUACAAACGAUUCCUACCCGCUGUUUGUCACAUGGAAAAUAGGAAGAGACAAGCGGUUGAGGGGAUGUAUAGGUACAUUUUCUGCCAUGAACCUCCACCCAGGACUCAGGGAGUACACCCUUACCAGUGCCCUUAAAGACAGCCGCUUUCCCCCCGUGACGAGGGACGAGCUGCCACGCCUCUUCUGCUCGGUGUCUCUGCUCACCAACUUCGAGGACGUCGGUGAUUACCUUGACUGGGAGGUGGGUGUUCAUGGCAUUAGGAUAGAGUUUUUCAAUGAAAAAGGAUCAAAGCGCACCGCCACCUACCUACCAGAGGUCGCAAAAGAGCAAGGAUGGGACCACAUUCAGACCAUAGAUUCCUUACUACGAAAGGGAGGCUACAAAGCUCCCAUCACAAAUGACUUCAGGAAGACCAUUAAGUUGACCAGGUACCGUAGCGAGAAGAUGACAAUGAGCUAUGCUGAGUACAUUGCCCACCGCCAGCACCAUCACUACCAGAAUGGCACCGGGCACCCUCUACCCCCAUACAACCAUUAUUCCUGACAGCGAGCCGCAUGACCAAUCACUGGACCUCUCUGCGGACCUUUUCCCAGGAGAGCCCGCCCCCUCCUGGUCUAGUUAUCUCUACUACUGUACCAUUUUAUGAUGAUAGUUUCCGUUGCCAUGCUGACGCUCUCCCAGACGUUGACGUGGCAACGGGUGGAAAAAUGAGCAUCAAUUGAUAAUGACGAGAAAAAACAAAAAUCUUUUAUUUUUAUCCUCCUAUUGAUUUAGUUUUUGCAGCAUAUAUAUCAAUAUAACCCCUUUAGUUUUUAUUUUUGUUCACAAAUACUCAAUUUUCCUAAAUGUAUAAUUUUCAAACAAUCCUAAUCAGGCUUUUGAUUCUGUGGAUGGAAGCAAGUCAUAUAUAUGGUGAAUUCGUAAUGCAUAAAGGUAUAGGCUCAUAUUUUGUGUAGGCUUAGCUACAGUGUCCCAUCUAUUAGGGAAAUGUUUUUCUUUUUCUGUUGAAUCCUUUCUUAGUAGCCAGCUUGGCAUUAUGUGUGUCAUGUGGCAAGCCAACAGCCGUUCUGGAAGACUCAAUCUUUUUCUCAAUUUUGCGAUUCUUCUCAAGAAAUGGACUUAGGUUGGUUGGGCCUUUGUAACCCGUUGUAGUGCUGUAGAUUGUAGGGUUGUGACGCCACUAGUAUUUGCUGGUCUUUUUUAUUACAUUACCCCACAUGUGUUUGCUUUUCUGUGUGUGGUUAGAAGUUUGUUGUUAAGUUCACAUCCGACAGGAGAUUGAAAGCGCGAUAUUAAAUCAUGAAUAGGAUCAUGACAAAAUAUUUGACAGAGAUUUCCACCCCUGAGUGUUCAUAGUGUUUUGUAAUGAAACCUGCAAAACUUGAAUUGAAUUUGUACGGCUCCAGCUCAGAUAUUUUCACCCGCUCUUCUUUCCAACUUGAGAAACGUAUGGAGGAAGCCAUUUUAGUUGCGUCAAAGGAGGUUGUUUCUGUCCCUUGUCUCUGUGAAGCAGGCCGCUAGUGAAAGUGAUCCACGGGGCUGGAGGUUGUGAUAAGGUUGGAGAGUUGACUGGAAGUUGUGAUAAGGUUGGAGAGUUGACUGGAGGUUGUGAUAGGGUUGGAGAGUUGACUGCAGGGCUGGAGGUUGUGAUAGGGUUGGAGGUUGUGAUAGGGUUGGAGAGUUGGCUGGAGGUUGUGAUAGGGUUGGAGAGUUGGCUGCAGAGCUGGAGGUUGUGUUAGGGUUGGAGAGUUGGCUGGAGGUUGUGAUAGGGUUGGAGAGUUGACUGCAGGGCUGGAGGUUGUGUUAGGGUUGGAGAGUUGGCUGGAGGUUGUGAUAGGGUUGGAGAGUUGACUGCAGAGCGCAUUGUACUCUCAUUCAUUGUCCUCUGAGAAAAAUACCUUCAUCCUGUUAUUUCAUGCUAGUUGGUUUGAGAGGAAAAAACAAUGAGGGAGACUUGAGUCUAGUGACAGGGAUAUGCUAAAACUACUUAAAGCCAUAUCCUGUUUUUAAUGCAUGUGGUUGUUUUGUAGGCUUAAGAUGUUUGCCCCCCCCCCCUUCUCUAUAACCUCUGUGUUUACUUCCUCUACGAGUUUACUUUAUUCUGGUGGCUUUGGUCCCAAAAGUUGGGUUUCCUCUCAAAGUUUGUGUUUUGGUCCUGGCUAGGAAUCUGGGCCUGUGAGACAUUAUCUGGACUUACUCAGUUAGUAUGGGUUAGCAUCAGGGGUGCAUUUAUUAGUCGGAGUCUGUUGCAAAAAGUUUUGCAAUGAAACCUGUUUACUGUUUGGUUCCUAGAGUAAACCGGCAAAAUGGAACAAAACAGAGAGGACUACCUGAAUUUGUACAAUAGAAACUAGUUUUCAUUUAUAUAAGUUUUACAUUUGCAACGGAAUCCGACUGAUGAAUACACUCCAGCGUUUGAACUCCUUUGUGCUGUUUGUUAAGAGUCCUCAUCACUUCCACUGCUUUUAUACAAUUUUAACUGAAGCUUGUGGCCACAAUGACAAAUAAUGAAACUUGAUGUAGGCCUAAUCAAUGUUUUACAUCCACAUUUGACCUUACAUGCUUGAUGACUGACGGUUGCCAUAGUUGUGCACUUUCAUGUGCUCUCGUCAAAACGCUAUGAGAUCUUGUGGAGGCUUCUGGAGAUGGCAUCUAGCUAGUCAAAACGCUAUGAGAUCUUGUGGAGGCUUCUGGAGAUGGCAUCUAGCUAGUCAAAACGCUAUGAGAUCUUGUGGAGGCUUCUGGAGAUGGCAUCUAGCUAGUCAAAACGCUAUGAGAUCUUGUGGAGGCUUCUGGAGAUGGCAUCUAGCUAGUCAAAACGCUAUGAGAUCUUGUGGAGGCUUCUGGAGAUAGCAUCUAGCUAGUCAAAACGCUAUGAGAUCUUGUGGAGGCUUCUGGAGAUAGCAUCUAGCUAGUCAAAACACUAUGCGAUCUUGUGGAGGCUUCUGGAGAUGGCAUCUAGCUAGUCAAAACGCUAUGAGAUCUUGUGGAGGCUUCUGGAGAUAGCAUCUAGCUAGUCAAAACACUAUGCGAUCUUGUGGAGGCUUCUGGAGAUAGCAUCUAGCUAACCUUAAACCCUUGGCACUGGUCAUCGUCGGUUGAUUUGUUCAAAUCCGUUAUUUCCUCAUAACAUGCUGCUGUUUGUUGAGGUGCUUGCCGUAUUCAGGACCAGUUGCUCCCCGUCUCUGUGCCACUAGAAACCAUGCAUGGGUUGUUGGUCUGUCUUGUCAGCUGUUUUGGCAGAGGAAACUGGGAAAGGGUGGUCAGGCUGCAUUCAGUCAAACCCUACAUAAAGAACCAGUGAUUUCAAGUUAGUCCAUGUCCUCUUCAGGUGUUCCUUUUUGUCAGUCACAUCCGUGCCCAGUAGUUGGUAUGUUUUAGCAAGUGUAGUUAAUGGAUUAGCUAAUGAUCUCUGUGUUGUGUACAGGUUUGAGAGGUGUUUGUACAACAACAAAAAAGAACAAACAUAUUUUAUAAAACAUCUUUUACCAACUGACAGUAGGGUUAAUCCUUUUUAUUUUAUUUUUAUAUGCAAAAUGUUAAGGGCUUUGGCACUCCAUCCACAGUAACCCGAAAUGACCCAUAUUUCAGUUGUGUUGAUUUAAUAAAUUAUGGACCAGUAAAAUGGUGCCCUGAGUGUUCCUCUGUCCUGUACUGUCUAACACUGACCUCAACCUACAGGGCAGCGAAGGGCCUUAAAACCUGAUUCACCUUCAGAUAGACACAUUGUAGCGGGAGGCAGAUGGGAACCUUUCUUCUAAUCAUACCUGGACAUUAGAAACCCCAGCUUACUUCAUUAAUCUAGCCUAUUGUAGAAGGGGUUUGUCCACAGACAUGCUUGGUUUAGAUGUUAUUGUGGUAAGGGCCUAUCUAUCCUGUUCUCUGUGCUUCCCUGCUCAGAUAUUGGAUGGCAUUUCCUUCAUAUUAUCCUCUUGUGGUCAGGGAAAUGCUGCUCAACAACAUUGACAAGACAAAGGAGGCCUACUUAAAGAGAUAUAUUGGCCUAGUAGUUUGUCAUAAAAACAGUUUUCAGAGAACUGUGGGACAAGCUUUCCCUGUUGUUGAACAAUCGGGUAACCAUUUUCUGGUUCAUUCAAUACAGCACAACCUGAAUAUUUUUCUGCUGCAAAAUCAAGUCCACCAUUCUCUUUUACAUACUUACCGAUAUAUGUAUACACAAAUGCAGUCCGUUCUGUUGCAUGUGUGUGUAUAAAACAUACAGUAUGGUUUAAUCCCUGACAUUGAAGGCUUAGAGACUUGUAUAAAUCAUCAAAAAUAAAUAAAAUGGUGCUAUUGGACCUCAUGUUGGGGCGGUCGCAGGUUUCGUGACUGGUCAUGCGGACUCAUCGAUCAUAUCCGACUUAUUAUCCUUGAUAUAUGCAGAUCUGUUCAACAGGUGUUUUUUUCCUACCCGUGUAAGUCAACACCCUGCAGGUUUGAAAGGACAAGAAGUCACUACUAAUCCCCCUCCCCCCAACUCCCUGCCUCAUGGCCUGGGGGUUAAAGGUAUAGUCUGUCGUUCAGUAGAUCGUGGCAUCAGAAGGGGGCAUUCGCUCCUGGGCUGGGACAGUAAAGAGUUGGAGUAAAAGGGGUCUAUCGCCCCUCCUCUCCAGUCUCCCAUCGUAGGCCCCUUUCCCUGUCCAGCCCACGAUUGGAUGUUCCUCUUAGAAGCACACCCAUAACACUUCAUAUUUUACUCUUGUUAAAUCGUGAGUUUUUAUAGCUGUCCUGUAUCAUUUACUCAUCCAUGGAGUUGAUUAUCAGCUUAAAGGUCAUCUGACAGAAGGUUCUCACUCAACUCUGGCUCUUACAAACUCCCUCAAAGGAAGUCGUGCUUCUCAUGUAAUAUUGUCAUUCAUGUAGCCCUCUAUAACAGUGGUUUCUUUAAGCUGGACAUGAGUGUGGGUUUAGUUGGCAGGUUUAGUGAGCCAGAUGAGUGAUUGCUGAUAUCAUCAGGAUGUCACAUAAUUAUUGUAUUUGACUUGGACAAUUCGUUGCCAUUCAUGAAUCACUCCUCCGUAUGACCGUAAGUGUAUCAUGUAACGUAAUUUUAACAUGGAAAUGACUGAACGUAAAGGUUCAUGAAUAUCAAUAAAUCUCAGUCAAAUGUGAUGUGAUUUUCCUGGUGUCCUUCAAAAGAUUAUUCUGACUGCUAAUUUGCAGUUAGUUUAAACACACCUCUGCCCAUGGACGAGUGACCAUUGUUCAUACUGACACAACUGGGAUAAUGUGUAAAGACAGUGUCAUUUGGUUCCAUUGCCGGUUUAGCCCCUGCAUUCCUUGUAUGUGCAUAUAUUUUUGUGGAAUACUUAAGCUCCUAUUACCUUUGUAUGUUCAACCGAACCAAAGAUGCCUCUGCCCCAUAGAGAUGUAUAGAGAUCAUAACAUGGAAGUAACCUGUUUUUGCAUGGACAUUUAGGGCUUCCUCCAUUUUAAAAUGGUCACCUGGGUGGAGAUUCCUAUGGUUUGGGAGUGAUCGACCAAUGAGCAGAGCAUUGUUUUCUUCUUCAAAUUAGUUUGUAAUUGGCUUUAAGCUAUAUGACUGCCAUCUAACGGCCACAAUAAAUUUAACACAAUUUGGUUCAAGACUCCAUCACUGCAGGUGGUAGUAAGUCACCAAUGUUAGCUUUACACUUUUUUCAAACAUCAAAAGAAGAAAAAAAUGGACUACUUUAAAAUGGAGAAAGCCUCAAUGGCACUGUGCGUGCUGUCACAGACGCCAUAAUGGCAUAGAUACAACGUAGCGAUUUCUAUACAUCUCUAUGUUCUGGCCAAGUCCAAAUGCUGCUCUUCAGGCCUGGCUUCCUGUCCUUCCAAAAAACACCCCUGCAAGAGACAAAAUUUUAUUUUUUUCCGUCUGUUUCAGAUUUUUUUUAUCUGUUUUUUGUACGAUUUCUAACUUGUCUUUUGAUUUGUUUAGCAACCUCUUAUUCAAUGAAUUUCAUUGAUUAUGUCUGAAGCCUUACCCGGCAUCAAGGACAGUGAAAUUACUUGGUUGCACACAGUUUUUUUUAUUUUGUUGUCGUCACUUGUAUUUUCAUUAUUUUCAUUUUUUAAACAAAAAAAAACCCCAUAGCGUGCCUCCUAGAUGUAUGAGUUUCUGUGUUUCUUUCCUAAAGACCAGCAGUUAUACUUUAUAUAAAAGAUGAGUUUGUCCUUAUUUUUUACGCCGUUAAAGAUGAAAAAAGACCUCUUUUCUUUACUCUGGACCCAGUAGCUGCACUGGUAUACAAUCGCACUAAUAGAUAAACAAAAAAAAUACAAAUAAAUGAAUCAAUAAUAAAUGAAAUAAGAACUACAAUAAACUUGUGUUUGGAACUUUUAUAAGAUUUACUAAAAUAAAAUAAAUUACUGUUUUUGUACAUCAAAAUCUAUUAUUUUCCCCAAAACUAUUUUGGAUCUAGUUUCUAAAUUAUUUGAAUUGUUUUCUAUGUUCUGAAAAUGUGUCGCUGUGCAGAGCAACUGUCUCUGCUGUGGUGGCAUGACGGGGCGCGGGGUUGCCUGGUGUAACCCCUCACACCCACCUUUUAUUUCUUCUACUUUUCAUUUUUGGUUCCGUCUCUUUCUCUGCUUUAGUAACUUAAAUGUUGAUGGAAUAAUAUGAACUGGGGGGAAAAAAGACUCCUUUAGAGCUAGAGUCUCCUUCCUCUCCCAUUGAAUUGCUGUUAGUGUGAUGAGACUUGAAAUGGGCAUUUAUGAUAGUAUGGCUCCAAAAAAAUACACAAAAUGAAAAAUGUUUGUAAAAAAUGUGUGGGGAGGGAGAAAAUCUUAUAUAUAGAUGGGUUAUCAGUGGGUAUGUGAGCAAUGGCUGUGGAUAUGAUCAUGUAGUUUUAAACAUUGUUAUUACCUUUUAAAUUCAUUUAGCCAAUAAAAAUGAAUAAAACCACGUGAAAAGA